AUGCCCUACGCCGAAUCGCUAUCCAAGGCGUCGGCGCCGGCGGAUAUCGCCGGCUCUGCAUUCGACGACGCCAUUGCCACCCUGCCCAUCGCCUACCUCGAGUCGUACCCAUUGCCCGCAUUCGUGUGCUGUGUCCGAACAGGACGAAUACGCAAGGAGGCACACGCGUCCGCUGCCGACCGGACGGAUCCCCCGGUGCUGAUUCACACCGACGCAGAUGUCACCGUUGGCAGCGGCGAGCGCAGCACACGCUCCAUGAGUAUCGGGACCAACUCGGGCGCCUCUGCAGUGAUGGGCGGCUCGAUACAGGGCCAGUCAAAGACGGCAACGACAUCAACGACAUCAACGACAUCAACGACAUCCCCAUGGCCGACUCCGACUCCCUCAGGCGAUCUACGUCGAUGGAGAGCCAACGUCAUGCCGUCGCGCAGCCCGGCCAACGGCUCGACGUCGCCGAUUCACAUCUCAUUUUCUGGAGCCAAUAACGGACCGCAAUCACAUCCGAGCACCAUGCCGUCGAGCCCAAGCAUGAGCCGGAGCGCCAGCAAAAGCACACCAGGGACCAGUGCCCAGUGGAGCUGGCGCGCUCCAUUGCCGUACGACAUGGACGAGGAGGAUGAACGCAACGACGACGUGGUUCCCCUCCACUCCGUGUCACCAAACUCGUCGCGCCGAGGCACGCAGAUUGGCCCCAAGUUGACCUCGACGACGCCCCAGGCGGUUGACAAGCCGUAUGGUACGACCUCGUGCGUUUGGCACAACACGCAAUGGGGCCAGAUCGUGGGCGACCUCCCGCUCGCCGCCAUCGUCGACCCCGUAGCCUUCUCGGCGCUCGAGGGCUGGGUCGAGGCCAACAUCGAGACUAGGAAUUGCAAUAGCCGCGUCUCCCGUGACUCGACACAGUUCAGCCUCGACGUACAGGGGACAAACCUCAAACUCAUCAAAACCCGCCACGACAAGCACCCUCCGGGAACUAUCUUGUGGAUCGUAACCUGCACCAGGCAGACUGAGCGAGCGUUCAGCCCAGAGCCCGACGAGUCGACGGAGCAGCACUCUGACUCUCUCGCCAUCGCUCCUGUUACAACGUCGUUAGCACCGCAAGAUCCAAACUCGUGUCUGCAGCUCUUGGAGACCACAGACUGGAUGAAAACCUCCAUUGGACCCCGCUCGACAUGGCCGCCCGAAAUCACCUCCAUGGUCAGCCUCAUGCUCUCUACCAAACUUUCAGUGGCCGUGUGGAUUUCUGAUGCGCUUAUUGGUGCCUACAACGAAGAGUACGCCCAGUUCACAGACCACCCUAGAGCGUUCGGCAAGGGGAUGCGAGAGUCGUGGUGGAUGAUCUGGCCCGAGAUUGAACCACUCGUCAACAAGGCGCUCGCCGGCGAGGUUGCCGAGCGCGCCAACGGCCCCCUCUUCUACAAGCGAAACGACAGAGGCCGGUACAUUGAGAAGCACCACUCGUUCAGCUUUCACCCCAUCUUUGACCAGACAGGUAAGGUGCUUGGUAUCUGGAACCCGACGCACGACCACACCGACUCGGUUCUUGCGGAACGUCGCCUGCGCACCACCACUAGGCUUGUCGAAGAGGUUGGAUUUUCGCGUACACCGCACCAGCUCUAUCAAAUCACAGCCGAAGUCAUGUCGCACAAUCCAGCCGACGCACCAUUUGUUAUGCUCUACAGCGUCAAACCGUCCAAGAGCACAUCGCUCUCCACUGCGAGUGUCGAGGGUGCCUUUAUUGAUCUCGAGUUGCAACUGGAAUCGAGUGUCGGCGUUCCAGCUGGGCAUCCAAGUGCCAUUGAGAAGGUACACCUCUCCGGCGUUGCCGUCUCUUCUGCCUCUGGUUCCUUCACCGAGGAAUGCCUUACCGACCGGAUGGGCAAAGUGGACACCUCCCUCGACGAACCCAGCUCGAAUCACGUACUGGCAGUCGACAUGGGGCGGGCGGGUUCUCCUCCUGCAUCUGCGCUCGGGUCCGUCUACUCACACCGCUCGGGUCAUUCGCGAGCAUCGGUAUAUUCGAGGGGAUCGGGUAGCAGCCGGCGACUCUUGUCGAUUAGCUACGAUAACUCGUUCUGGCCCAUCCGCAAAGCGCUUGAGACUGGACAGUGCGUCUUGGUGGACAAUAUCCAGCACUACAUCAAUGGCUUUCCCAUUCGCCAGUGGGACGAGCUUCCCGACCAGGCCAUCAUCGUUCCGAUCAACAAUGAUCCUGAGAACAAGGUCCCCCAAGCUGUCAUGAUCAUGGGUCUCAACGUGCGCCGUCCGUUCGACGAACAGUACGAGAAUUGGAUCCACAUGAUACGGGGUUAUCUCUCGGCGACGCUCGCUGCCGUCACAAUAUUGGAGGAGGAGGUGCGACUCCGCCUUGAGAAGGAGAGGCUGGAACAUGCCAAGUCGGCGUGGUUCCGAGGCGCAGCACACGAGUUCCGUACGCCUCUUACUCUUGUUGCCGGGCCGCUGGCAGAUAUUCUGCAGACAAAGCUGAACCCUUCUCAGCGGCAACAGCUGGAAAUGGUUGGCCGCAACAUCGGGCGACUCGAACACCUUAUGACUUCCUUGCUCGACUGGACUCGUCUCGAGUCGGGCAAGGUCGAGGCUCACUUCGUCUCCACCGACCUCGCCGAGUUUAUCACAGAGCUGGCCAGUGUUUUCAGUCCGGUCUUCGACAAGCUCAACAUCCCUUUCUGCGUCGACACCCAGGCGCACGACGCGGUCGCUGUCGACCCUGUGCUACUGGAGAUCGUCGUCGCGCACCUCGUCAUCAACGCUCUCAAAUUGACCGGCAAGGGUACUGUCAGUAUUCGGCUGGCCUACACGCACGACAUGGCAAGUAUCAUUGUCAGCGACACCGGCAUCGGUCUGACCGAGACCGACAUUCAGUCUGCAACCAACUUCUUCCACCGCAUCCAAACGGCGGCGGAGAACCGUGGCAGCGCGGCAACGGGCGUGGGCCUGUCGAUCAUCAAGGAGAUUGUGCGGCUCCACAACGGCAAGCUCACCAUCCGGACCAAGACGACGGCUGGCCCGGGUGAAACAACUGGAUCCACUUUCACGGCAAGCUUUCCCCUCAACAAUGAGCCCAAUGUCGACACUAUUGUUGCGGUUCCCUUCGGCACGUAUGCCAAACAAGUGGCCAACGACGUCAAGGAAUGGAGCAAAGGGGCCAACAUUCCCUUUGACGACUCUGCUCUCGUCGACGGAACCUCUAGCUUGGCCGCGCGGUCCACGUCGGAGACUUCUGGAAGCUUGACGUCGCCUGGUUUCACCGACGGCCUCAUGUUCGAGCGCAAGGACGUGCUUCUUGUAGUCGACAACAGCACCGAGAUGCGGGCGUACAUCAAGACACUCUUCGAGCGCUUUUGCACCGUCGUUGAGGCUGCAAGCGCCGAGGAAGCACUUGAAGUCGUGAAGAAGAUUGAGCCGAACCUCGUCAUCUCAGAGCUCGACAUGCGGUCCAUGUCAGGGAUCGAGCUUCUUCAUGAGUUGCGACUCGCGGAGAAUUUGCGCUUCAUUCCCAUGGUCCUGAUCUCGUCGACUACCGACGAUGAACAGCGUGUGGCGGCCUUCCUGGCUGGUGCGGACGACUUUGUCUCGAAGCCCUUCAAGCCGCGCGAGCUGCUACUUCGCGCCCAUCUGCACAUGCAGAUGGGCAAGAAGCGGACGAAACUGGAGCGGAUGUUUGCUGAGCGCAGGCUCGAGCUUUCCGUGCUGGCUGACUACUGCCCGUCCGGAAUCAUGCGCACGGACGCAGAUGGAAAGGUCCUGUAUGUCAACGACGCGUUCCGCACGCCCGCAGGCAUGACUUCGGAUGAAGAUCCUCAACGAUGGCUCGACUUCUGUGACGACGAAUCGCGGGAUGGCGUCGAACUCGCGUGGUCCGAGAUCCUCCAAGGUCAACUUCCUCCCACAACCCUCCAGUGGAAGUGGCGGACGGGCCGCACAAUGUCGGGCGUGCUUAUCCGCCUCGAUGUCAUACGACCUGGCAUGUUGGGCCUGUUGAUUUGCGUGACGGACAUUACCGACCAGGUUGAGCGGUUGGAGGAAGCUCAACGUCGCCGCAUCGAGGCCGAGGAGAGCAAGCACCAGCAGGAGCUACUCGUGGACCUGACAUCGCACGAGAUCCGCACGCCAGUGUCGGCGAUUUUGCAAUGCUCAUCGCUUGUCAAGGAGAACCUGGUCGCGCUCAAGGAGCAGCUACGGUUCGCCGGCGACGGUGGUUUCAAGCCGAGCGCAGGCCUGCUGGCCGACCUCGAUGAGGAUGUGGAGGCGUUAGAGAGCAUCUAUCAGUGCGGUCUGGUGCAGGAACGCAUCGCUGGCGAUGUGCUGUCGCUGGCCCGUAUCCAGCUCGACAUGCUCAGUCUGCACUUUAUCGAGAUGGACCUGCGCAAAGAAGCCAAAAAGGUCCUGUCAGUCUUUGCGAGCGAGGCCAAGAUGAAGAAGCUCGAUAUCGUUCUCGAGCUUGGCAGCACCUUGGAGGCGCUGCAGAUCCGCGGCAUCAAGACGGACCCUGUGAGAUUGGGACAAGUGCUCACAAAUCUCACUGCGAACGCGAUCCGCUUCACGGCGGCCUCUGAGAAGAGGCGCGUCACAGUCCACUACGAGGUUUCGCUUGAGCCCCCACCUCCCGGUACCUUCGAGCCGCCGCCUAGAAAGCUGGUUUCCCCAUCCAUGCCGCUGCCCGAGGACACGCCGAUCUACCUCUUCGUCAGCGUGGCGGAUACAGGCCCCGGCAUGACCCCCGACGAGCAGAAGAUACUCUUCAGGCGGUUCCAGCAGAGCAACAAGAUGAUCCACACGCGGUACGGCGGCUCUGGCCUCGGCCUCUUCAUCUGCAAGAUGAUCACCGAGCUCCUGGGCGGCGCUAUUGGGGUCAAGAGCGAAUUGGGGGUCGGCAGCACCUUCAGCUUCUGGAUCAAGACGCUCACUGUCGCACCUCGCAUCCCAUCGCAUUCCGUCCAGCCAUGGCCUCUUAUCACGCCUCGGCAGACCGUUCGCGUCGGCUCAGCCACCAGCGUGAUCGAGCCGACCGCCUGUCAGCCAGUCGACGAGGCCGAGACCGAGGCUCUCCGCCUCCUCAUCGUCGAAGACAACGUCAUCAACCAGACCGUGCUCAAGCGCCAGCUCGUCAAGGUCGGAUUCGUAUGCGACACAGCCAACGACGGGCAGGAAGCGCUCUUCCGCAUCCACGAGGCCAACCGCGUGUCCAGGCAUGCAGGGCGGUCGGGGUACGACGUGGUGCUCAUGGACCUCGAGAUGCCUGUCAUGGACGGGCUCACGACGAUUCGUCACAUCCGUGACGCCGAGGCGCGCGGCAUCCUCCGUCCGCAACUCGUGCUCGCACUCACGGGCAACGCGCGGCAGGGACAGAUCGAUCAGGCCCUCGCUGCAGGGAUGGAUGACGUCGUCAUCAAGCCGUACCGCCUGCCGGCGCUCAUUGCCAAGAUCCGCGCUGCGUCGGUGAACCACCGCGAGCGGGAGGAGGACGAGUGGCCUAACGGGCGCGUGCGCAUCGACACGCAGCUGGCCCCUUCCUCCUCGUCCAGUUACGACAUGAAUGCCGAGGGACACGCCGUGCUCUCCGAGGCCAAUGUCGCCCGCCUGAGCUUGAAGGCCCGAUCCAGCUCGCCCGCGCAGGCCAACGGCGCGAACGCGCCCGAGACCGUUCGCUAG